CACGUGACCAGCGUGCGGGACCAGGAAAAAGACAUGAAAAAAAAGCCUGCUCCAUGCCCAGCACUCUGAAACCACACAAACAUGGCCGACACUUUCAUGCACUUGGUCCGGCCCACGGUGGCCGCGCCCGCCGCGCCCGCCGCGUCGUCGCCCGCCGACGUGCUCAUCCACAACUCGGCGCUCUUCCUGAUUUUGCAGAUCGUGUCCAAGCAGAUUCUUGAGCAAAACACCCGAAUCAUCGGCACGUUGCUUGGCGUCCGGUCCGACGACGGCAGCAAGGUCGAAAUCAGAGACGCUUUCAUGGUGCCGUGCCAGGAGACCGGCGACUCCAUUGCUAUCGAGGAGCACAAACACAAAACGUUGUACUCCUUGUACAAGAAGGCGCACCCCAAGGAAUCCGUGUUGGGCUGGUUCGACUGCUCCGGCCACAUCGACGCGUCCACCAGCUUGAUCCACGACUUCUACUCGAAGGGCGCGGACAGAGCCUACCCCUUCCCCGCCAUCUACCUCAACGUGAAGUACUUGAACGGCGACUCCAUCGAGUUCCCGCAGUUGACCACAUACAUUGGCGCCGCCUUGGGCAAGCCCGGCAGCGUGCAGAAGAUCGGCUGGACCACCGUCACCAGAAACACACUGUACAUCUUCUCGCCCAUCCCACACAAGGUCGGCGCCACCACGAUCGCGGAGAAGUCGGCGUUGAGCCAGAUCAGCCACGCCACGGGGCCCUCUGCGGCGGCCCACGCCGGCCAGUUGCUGACCGUGCUGCGGGAAAUCGGCGCUGUGCAGGGCCACAUCGACGCCGUGUUGGCCGCCGUCCACGGCGCCUCGAACUCGGACGCAGACAUCGACAUGUUGCGCAACUUAAGCAACAGCCUAUUGAACAAGCCCACCAUCUUGUCCGACUUGGAUGCGUUGAAGCACCACUUCCAGGCGCACAACCAGGACAUCAUCAUGAUCGAAUACUUGACCCGGGCCGUCAAGGAGCAGAUCGAGUUGAGCGUGCGCUUGUCUGCCGAGGCCGACAAGAAGGCCAUCUAAACCCACUGCUCGUGAGACGGGCAUGGGGCAUGGGGAGAGUCACGAGAUGGCCGGUCGAUGGCCACUAGAUAGCGAGGACAGGGGCACGGGGAGAGUGUCACGAAGACAGAUUAUGUAUUGUGCCGCGGGAGCCGCGGCUGCGCAUCAAUAAUACGAUAUUCCGCUUUGCAAGUGUAGUGAUUCAUUGCCAUGUACCUUCCUGGGUCCUGUUGGCGGGACUGCUUGUGGAUGUAGACGCAGCCUUUUGGAUGCAGUGAGAAGGUGUUUGAAUGCAGUGGGAGAAUACCUCCGAAUUGCAGUGGGAGAAGAUAUUUGAAUUGCA